AUGGGGUUGCGCGACCUGAUCCCCGCAUUGAUGCUGCAACUUGAUCUAGAUCAGGACUGCUAUGACUUCAUCAAAUGGUGGGAGAAGGUGGGCGAAGAUAGUCAUUACGACUGGGGUGACACCGACUUGCCCUACCUCGAUAUCAAGGACGCCAACAUCUUCGAGGAUGUUUCCUGGAUGAAGUCAAAGUAUGGCUCAGUACAUCAACGUACGGCCAUGUUGUUGCUCAAGCUGAAACUCCUUAUCGACAUCAUCAACAUCAAGCUCACGCGCAAGGUCACUGCUUCGCGCCUGCCUGUCGAAUUGUGGAGGCGCGCAGAGCUUGAUGCGAUCCGGAGCCCGGUGAGCAAGCAAUGGGCCGGCAAACCCUAUCAGGACCUCACAGCCACGCAGCAAGAGCUCGAGGAACAGAUCAAAUACACGGCACGAUACUUGCAGGACUCGAACCAGAACUUCAUGCAGAUGUUGUUUGAACCCGAAGACUACCUCGGGGAGCGUCCGAAUGCAUAUUCGCCGGGUUCGUACGAGGAGGCACAACUGGCGUUGAGCUAUAGCUACGCUGCAUGGUGGGAACACAUCGGUGUUCUGGAACUGCUUGACUCAGCGAAAGCCAUAGCUGGACGGGACUCAGAGAGCGAGAUCGCCGACAUGAUGAAGGGCGAGACGUUCAAAACACAUCCAGGCUCGGACAGAACAAAAGAGGAGCUGCUCGCGGACGUCAGUCGCAAUCGCCUGUGGGGAUACUUUGACGAAGCCGUCGAAGAUGCACUUUACCUCGGAGAGGUCAAGCCGUCCCAGGUGAACCAAGAGCGGCGCCACGCGCUCUGGGAACAGGCUGUGGCAGAGGAGGAGGCGUUCAAUGAAAGCGAUUUCGAUGAGGAGGAGCUUGACGAGAGUGACCCAGGUGAAGAUGGCUUCAAUGCCUGA